ACGCAUUGCUAGGUUGACGGGAAAACUCGUCUUUGUUGCCCAUCAUUCGCACAUUUCCCACAACAAGUUAAUUCGCGAACAAGAUACCAAGAUGGCAACGCAAACAUGGGACGGAAACGCCAUGUCCCAGGAGGACAUGAUGAUGAAGGACACUGUACUCGUGCUGGAUGACGAUGACAAUGUCAUUGGGUCGGCCUCGAAGAGAAAAUCCCACGAGUUCACGCCCGAACAACCCCGAGCCAUUUUGCACCGAGCUUUUUCAGUCUUUAUUUUCGACGAAUCGACCGGGGAGCUUCUGCUGCAACAACGGGCUUCGUCCAAGAUCACGUUCCCAAAUGUGUGGACCAACACAUGUUGUUCUCAUCCCCUUCAUGGCAUGGAACCACCCGAAGUUGACGGACCGAAAGAUGUAGCGGACGGAACUGUUAUGGGAGUCAAGAACGCCGCCAUUCGAAAGCUCGACCACGAACUUGGAAUUCCUGGAUCUGAACUAGACAUUAACAAAUUCAAGUUCUUGACGCGUCUUCAUUAUUGGGCCGCAGACACUAUCACACAUGGUCCGGAUAGGUGAGUGCUUACGGUUGACCCGGAUUCGUAUUUUGUGAAAUUUAUUUCGUGGCAGCGGUGGGAAUCUUUCGGGAGACGCAGACUUCAUUGGCAGACUGCCGAAGAAAUAUUGUUUCUCAUCAAAAGUAUGUUUCAUGAUUUGAUUAAUUGUGCUGAAAUAGCCCAUGGGGAGAACACGAGAUUGACUACGUCCUUUUCUACACCGUCUCUUCGAAGUCGGAUCUUACUAUUAAAGGUCACCCCGACGAGGUAGACGACGUGAAAUGGGUCACUCGUGAUGUUCUCAUUGAAAUGAUGGAGGAUAAAUCGUUGCUCUUCUCGCCUUGGUUCCGUCUUAUUUGUAAAAAGUGGCUUUUGGAUCACUGGUGGAAGGAUUUGAAACGGACCAUGACAACUGAUGAUCACGUUGAUUUGAAAUCCAUUCAUUGUUUUGAUCCUCCCAAGGAACAUCUAGGUGGUGGUGGCAAGGCUGGCCCACUUUUUGGAGCUGAGGUUGAAGGUGAUGAAAGGUAAAUAAGCAUUACCAGUUUCACUGCUUUGCACGCGCUUCCAAUUGACAAAAUUCUCUGAUUAGGACGGAGAGAGAGAAAAUAUGCAAAAGUGAUUACGCUAAACAAUACAACCAUGUUUAAACUACUGCAGUCAAUGUACCCUCAUACAUGCGUUCUUCCGUUUGCUCUCUUAUGUAAACUGUAUUGAACCAUGAUUCGUAGUAAAAAGCAAGGUGCUUACGGAAAGAUUAAGACUCACAAGGAACCUCUCGUCAAACAGCUAUCGCAUCUCGAUGAAGUAUUUGCUGCGGUUACUUUUUUGUAUGUGAAGCCAUUGAAAUCCAACCUCGACACACCCUACAUCCGCGAAACUUUUGAUGCUGAUGAUCUGGCAUUCUGCGAUGAGAUUUUGGUCAAGGUAUCUCGUAGUUUUGCGGCAGUCAUUCGCCAAUUGCCAGCGACCAUGUUGGUAGACAUUCUCAUCUUUUACCUCGUCCUUAGAGCCCUUGAUACGGUAGAGGACGACAUGACAUCUUUCCCUAGUAAUGAUGUUAAGAUCAAGCAUCUUUUGAACUUCCACAAAACGGCCCUCGCUGAUCCGACUUGGACAAUGGACGGAGUCGGUGAAGCUGACGAGAAACGGUUGCUCCAACAAUUCGAUAAAUGUCAUCGUGUGUUCGCAAAACUCAGUGACAAGUCACGACGUGUAAUUGUAGACAUCACACAACGCAUGGCUACUGGAAUGGCUGAAUUCGUCGGCAAGGAUCUUGGACAGGGUACGACCGACAUCGAUCAGUACAAUCGGUACUGCCAUUUUGUGGCCGGACUAGUCGGUGAAGGACUCAGUCGCUUGUUUGCAGCCUCUGGACUAGAGAAGGCAUCUUUUGCCAGUGAAGUUUUCCUGAGUGACCAGAUGGGAUUAUUUUUGCAAAAAACCAACAUUAUUCGAGAUUAUUUGGAAGAUUAUGUUGAUGGCCGUGCCUUUUGGCCUCAGUCGAUUUGGAAAAAACAUUCCAAAACAGGAGAAUUGGGGUAUUUUACUGAACAAAACGACCCUGAAGUCCGAAUGCGGUCGUUGGAGUGCCUCAACGAAUUGGUAACGGACGCUCUAGAACUUGCACCUGAUUGCCUACUCUACUUGUCCAAACUGGAAUGUGCUGAAAUCUUUCGAUUUUGUGCAAUUCCUCAAGUAAUGGCCAUUGCUACCUUGAACUAUUGCUACAAUAAUGAUGACGUCUUUACUGGUGUUGUGAAGAUUCGAAAAGGAACCUCCUGCAAACUUAUUCUUCGCACUAACUCACUGGACGAAGUUCAUGAUACAUUUUAUCAGUUUGCCCGCGGCGUAUUAAGAAAAGCCGAUGCGAACCGAUCGCAGGGUGUCCUCGAUCCAUCCUAUGCUCGAACCAUCAAAAUUUGCAAGACCAUCAUGGAUAUUACUGCCGACGGACACAACAGGGAACGCAAGGCCCGUCAGCUGCCGUGGAUGGCCUCGCUCUUGGUGCCCGCAGCCGGAGUUGCCGCAUCGAUGUUGCUAAAGAUUGACGUUACUAAAGACAUGCCCAAAUUCCAACGAAGUCUAGCACUUCUUGGACUCAGCGCAUUUACCUUGACUCCUCUCUUCUUCCAAAAACCAUCUGAUUUAACGGAUUCGAAAUUUUUGGAAAAUAAGGGCAAAUAAAGCAACUAGGAGCUAUUCCAUUCAAUGUUAAUU